CAUGUCACCGUCGCCAUGCCCUGAAAUCGUACGAGUAGAUCGUGAGCGGAUCGGUACUUUUUCCGCGGCGACUCGCGCCGAACGUCGCCGCCGUGAUGUCGCUGAACCAAAGUUUCGGAUAAUUACCUGGUUAUCCGUACAACGGUGGAGUCUGCAAGUGGCACACUCCGUCAGGUUGCCAUGAGUUGCAAUUGCUCCGAUGGCGUCGGCAGUCUGCGCAACAGUCCGUACGACAUGAUCCCGAUGCAGCGAGCUAUCGACACGGUUCUGGGUCUUGCCAAACCUCUCCUCAAAACGUCCGUCCCGCUGCAAGAGGCGCUCGGUUCUGUCCUUGCCGAGACUGUCAGGAGCAAGGAACCAUUGCCACCGUUUCGUGCGUCCGUGAUGGAUGGGUACGCGGUUGUGGCAAGCGACGGCGUUGGCGAGUUUCCUAUCUUGAGCCGCGUUGCAGCGGGGGACGCCCCAGGUGUCCACGUCACACCCGGUCGUGUGGCGUACGUGACGACGGGGUGUCCCGUGCCCGAUGGCGCCGACGCCGUCGUCAAGAUCGAGGACACCGAAGCCGUUCUUGGCGAGGACGGAAAGACCGAAGUCGCGGUCAAGAUUUUGCACGCCGUACAGAGCGGCACAAGCAUCCGACCGAUCGGGCACGACAUCGCCCAAGGUGAAGUGAUCGUAGAAGCGGGCGAAGUUAUCACGCCUGCAGUGCUCGGUCUUUUGGCUACGGUCGGGAUCGCGUCGGUGCCCAUUUACAAGAUUCCGGUCGUGGGUGUACUGUCCACGGGAAGCGAGCUAGUUGACGCCACCGACGCGGCAGGCAUUCGCGGGGGCAAGAUCCGCGAUAGCAAUCGGCCCAUGCUGCUCGCGUACAUGCAGCAGCUCCACGUCAAAACCGUGGAUUUGGGUACGUUGUUGAUAUGGACGAGGGACGGAAUCGCGCGAUCGAGUCACGAGCGAGAAUGCGGCGUGUCAUUCGCUUGCGAACAUGAACUGUUGUCGAAUGCUGUUUGGCUGGCAUGUGUAGGCAUUUGCAGCGACUCAUGGGACUCCCUCCGUGAUCUACUCUUCUCGAAGCUGCCGUCGAUCGACGUACUCAUCACGAGCGGCGGUGUCAGCAUGGGAGAACAUGACCUCGUCAAGCCACUCCUGAAAGAACUUGGCACGGUGCACUUUGGACGGAUUCACAUGAAGCCAGGGAAACCAACCACCGUCGCCACCGUCCCGAUCGGUGGUGUCGACAAGCUCGUGUUCGCCCUGCCCGGCAACCCUGUGAGCUGCCUCGUUACGUCGUGCUUGCUCGUUCAACCAGCGCUCAAGCGACUUCGUGGCCACACAAUUGCCCAGUCGUCCCCCGUCGUAUUUCAAGCUCGUCUCCUCCAUCCGUUGCCUCUCGACAGGGACCGGCCAGAGUACCAUCGUGCCGUCGUGCGGUGGGAAAAGAACGAAUGGGUCGCGACGAGCACGGGGGUGCAGGCCAGCAGCCGCUUGCUCAGCUGCCGCCACGCGAAUGCGCUGCUGCACUUGCCCGUGGGGACGCAUUUGGCCGCCGAAAGCGUUGUCGAGUGCAUUUUUCUGUCCGACAUGGUAUAUGCGCUGUCGCUGGGUGAUUCGUGGAGUGUGGAAAUCGCAUUAGGGCAGUGCUGUGUCCGCGAUCGACGUGCCCAAAGUCCAAUUGCCUCUUCCAGCUGCAUCGGCUCCUGCUGCGCGAAUCGUCCAGAGUCUGCCCGUCCGAGCGUGCGUGUUGACGGUGGGCACUUCUUCCCUCAUUGCCAUGAACUUGACAAAGCGUCCAAGGUGAGUGAUUCCGUGUCGCGCGGCGACUCGACGGAUCGCAGCGGGCCAGUCAUGCAAACCACGUUGACGGGUACGGCACACGUCGUUCUGUUCUUCUCGAGCGCCUUUGCUUGUGCGCAACAUUCGACUGGUUUUUGCCGUUGGUCUUUUUUUCCCGUAAACUCUCAUGCACCAAAUUGUGUGAACCAUGCGUAGAAAUGCCUGGGUUGGCUGUCGAGAUUGUCCAAGCCGCCGUCGUCGCCGACGAAGUCGACGAGAUUCAAAACGUUGUGCGGACGUGGUGCGAUGUCGCGCAUGUGGAUCUCAUUGUGACGUCUGGAGGAACGGGGUUCAGUCCCCGCGACGUCACUCCGGAAGCCGUCAAGGUCCUACUUGACCGCGACGCGCCUGGGCUGGUCCACAAGAUGCUCCAAGCAUCGCUCGACGUGACGCCGAUGGCAAUCUUGGCCCGGCCCGUCGCGGGCAUGCGUGGACACACGUUGGUGUUGACGCUGCCUGGCAAACCCAACGCUGUGGUCGAAACCCUGACGGCGCUCGCGCCGGUCUUGCCCCAUGCGCUGCACUUGCUUCAAGACGUGAGCCACCACCACCACAAAGGCAAAAACGCGUUGCAGUAGUAGUUGCACCGACCCCAAAUGAAUGGCCCGCACGAUCGUUGUCGUUGAUCCCGUUGGCGCGACUGCGCUGACAAGCGCAUCGUCCAUGCGUGCACUUGCACGUAGCAGUCGCGAU